AUGAGCAAUGGCAAUGGCAAUGGCAACGGGAAUGGUGCCAAUGGCGAUGUUGAAGCAGGAGCAGGAGCAGGCACGGCCGGAAAUGCGGAUGCAUCUAUCCAGCUGGACGAGGGCGAACAGGGCGGCGGCAGCGCAGCCAGCCGAUUGGAACGGACCCACGGCCGGGCGCUGUCGCCGCAAAGCCUCAACACCGAGAAGGCCUUCUGUCCGGUCUACGUUAUAAAUGGCGAAUGAGUUUACGCUCACUUUGAGUUCAUCGACGCGCUGAGCGGCCAUGAGCUCAACUUUGUUUAGCACCAACGCCCACCAAACAUAGGGAACCCUUCACUCAUUAUGAAGAGCAUGCUUAGAGUAUAUCACUCACCCCACCAUCCAAUACCCACCAUCUAAGAAACCAACGUCACGUACCCACAUUCUACUUUAGCCUGGGCGGGUGCCAAGCCACCGAAACCAUGAAAACUGACAAAACUAAAGCAAAAACAUAUCCGCAAGUUGGAAAUGGCAAUGGAACAUACAUAUUUAAGACAACGUACAUAUACAUAUAGAACCGCAUAUAGAAACUGCAGAUGCAUAUACUCUUAAAGGACGAGAGUAGUCAGAGUCCCACAGAAACCAUGCACAUUCCCAAGCAAAGUAAAAAUCUCGUAGUUAUCUAAGUAAUUUGCGUGUGCGUCGAUCCUAGACCCAAUGCAUGAUUGCAACUC